GUCCCUUGGCGUUCACCCCGUGCUUUCAAAGUGUGGUCAAAUCAGAUUUGAGACGUCAUGUUGCGCCUGAAGUGUGCUUUCCAAGCGUAUGAUUGGGGUAAAAUUGGUGUGAGUAGUGAGGUUUACAAGCUCCUGGAGCGAUCUGGUCAAUAUCAAGAUCUAGAUCUUACAAAACCGUAUGCUGAGUUGUGGAUGGGUACUCAUGUAUCAGGACCAUCGUUUUUGAUGGACGCUCCUUCUACCACACUUGAAAGUUAUAUCACUGAACAUUCAAACUGUUUGGGUUCUUCUGUGGCUGCAAAGUUCGGGAAAGCACUACCAUUUCUUUUUAAAGUUCUUUCUGUGCGGAGAGCAUUGUCUGUUCAAGCCCACCCUGCAAAGGAGUACGCCAUUAAGUUACACGCUGAAAGACCUGAUAUCUACAAAGAUUCAAAUCACAAACCUGAACUAGCCAUCGCUUUAACACCAUUUGAAGCAAUGGUCUCGUUUAGAUCACCAGCGGAAAUUGGAGCAUUUGCAAAAUAUAUACCAGAACUUCAUGAAAUUAUUGGUCCAGAAUAUACUGAAGAUUUGAUAAAUAUAUCUGUAUCAGAUGAAGACUUAGCUUCACCAUCGAUAAAAGCGGCUUAUUCACGCUUAAUGACUGCAGAUCCUAAGAUGGUCAGUACAUUGGUGGAUAACUUAAAGGAACGAUUAACAAAUGGUGAAAAGAUAACUAUCCCACCGAUUGAAACGAAUACCACGCUUGAUACAGACGUCUUAAAAGAGGUAUACAUUAGAUUAGCUACAGAUUUUCCUGGUGAUGUUGGUUGUUUCAGUCUAUUCUUCUUCAAUUAUGUCAGACUGAAUCCAGGUGAAGCAAUUUUCAUGGAACCCAAUUUACCACAUGCUUAUAUAUCUGGAGAUUGUAUAGAAUGUAUGGCCGCAUCGGAUAAUGUGAUUCGUGCAGGUUUAACACAGAAAUUUAAAGAUGUUGACCAUCUUCUUAAAAUUGUUCAAUAUGAACCACGUUGGGGAUCAGCGUUAAUGUUUAGCGGAGAAUUGAAAGAGAUUAUACCACCACAACCGACAUAUCCGACUAUAGGGGAGACUAAGAAUUCAAUAAAUAUACCUCAUAUUGUUACAUUUUCACCUCCAGUCGAUGAGUUCUCAGUGGACAAAAUUGUAAUACCAAGUCAGUAUCAAGCAGUUGAAUUUGCACCAUUAAAAUCUGCUAGUAUCUUAUUGAUUAUCAAUGGACAAGGUAGAAUACAACGUCUCUAUGGGAAUAGAUUAUCUGAUAGUCAAAUGGCAGAAACACCAGAUGCGAAUGAUAAUUCUACACCAAUGAAUAAAAAUAAUAAUGAAAAGAAAAAAUCCAAUUGUACUGAGGACAAUUCAACAGCUUCUGCUUUUGUUUGUGAAUGCUUUGAAUUUAAUGAAGGAUCUGUAUUCUUUAUCAGUGCCGGAAUCCCAUUUUGUAUUCAACAACAACUACAAAGCAGUUCCAGUGUUUCAGAUGUUUUAGCUUUUCGAGCAUAUGCAAAUGUUCCGAGUGAUUGACUGUCUGCCCUUCUUGUUUCUUCAUGCAACUGACUCUAACUGUAACUGCCUUCAAAAUUCUUUCUGUCUUCCUGAUAUGCAUAUGCGCAUUAAUUUAAUUUCUUCUUAUAAUAAAUAAUAUCUAAUUAUUUUGUUCAUUACUGUGAAUGUAUGAUCGGUAGAUUUCUUUCUUAGUAUUGAUGCCCUGUUUAAUUGUCUUUGUGAUGAACACAACUGAACCAAGAAUGUUAUUUAUCUUCUUCUUUCCGGAUUGAUUCGAUGAUUCUGAUGUGAAAUAUUUCUAGAGGUAUUUUUUUGUUUCACUAUCUAUUGCCUGCUAGACGUGAUGAGUACGUAUCUAUAUGUAUUAUGUAGUAUGUAUCAGCCUGUAAACAAGCUACUCAGUAUUACUCAGUGACUAUUUGGCUACCGGGAAACAAUCCUCAGGACAAGAUUCAUUCAAAAUCUGUCAUCCUUUCAGAAGAUUCGAAGAUUCUCUUUUGAUCUAUUGUCACCUGUAUUCUUUGAUAUUUCUUCAUUAUUUCUAUCCAAUGUUUUAUUCAAAAAGAUAUGGCGAGAUAUAUAUAUAUCAUCUAUGGUAUCUUUCCUUUUGCGUUUGAGUAAUGUACAAUUCGAAUUUUCUUCUUUUUAUUUUGAUAAAGACUAAAUGAAUCAACCCAUAA